CCUCCCCUGGGUGCUGAGUGCUGACUCGCUCCCGUGCUUCUGCUAGCCAUCGUUGGCCGCCCCCGCCGCGCCAAUGGCGACGAGGCGCGAGCUGUCCCUCGCGCUGCUGUGCGUGUGCCUCGCGGCCUGCGCGCUGGCCCCCGGCCCCGCGGACGCCAGCAAGAUGGUCGGGGUGUACGAGCUCAGGAAGGGGGAUUUCUCCGUCAGGCUCACCAACUGGGGCGCCAGGGUGAUGUCCGUCGUCCUCCCAGAUCGCAAAGGGAAUUUGGCUGAUGUCGUCCUUGGCAGAGACACCGUCGCUGAAUACGUCAACGAUACCUCUUACUUCGGGCCGAUAACGGGGCGCAUAGCACAGCGAGUUGCCCGGGGCCGGUUCGUCCUCGACGGCAAGGUCUACCACAUGCACAGGAACGACGGCAGGAACACGAUCCACGGCGGCGACAGAGGGUUCAGCCGGAGCAUCUGGACGGUGAAGGAGUACGUCGCCGGCGGCGAAUCGCCGCACAUGACCUUCUACUACCGCAGCUUCGACGGAGAGCAAGGCCUGCCGGGGAACGUGGACGCGUACGUGACGUACCGCGUGUCGGGCGCCUACACGCUGGGCGUGCACAUGAACGCGACGGCGCUGGACAGGGCGACGCCGGUGGGCCUGCUGCUGCACGUGUACUGGAACCUGGGCGGGGAGGGCAGCGGCGACGUGCUGGGCCACACGCUCCGGAUCCGCGCGUCGCGGCACGCCGUGCUGGACGACGAGCUCCUGCCGUCGUCGGGGCGCGUGGAGCCCGUGGCCGGCACGCCCCUGGACUUCCGCGCGCCCGCGGCGAUCGGCUCGCGCAUCCGCCGGGUCGUCGUCAUGGGGGGCCGCGCCGUCGGGUACGACACCAACUACGUCGUCGACGGCGAAGGGAUGCGGCCGGUGGCGCAGGCCCGGGACCCCGCGUCCGGCCGGGCGCUGGAGCUGUGGGCCAACCAGCCCACCCUGCAGCUCUACACGGGGAACUCCCUCAACCGCACCGCCGGCAAGGGCGGCAGGGUGUACGACAGGUACGCUGGCUUCUGCCUCGAGACCAUGGGCUACGUGGACGCCGUCAACCACCCCGAGUUCCCGUCGCUGACACUCAGGCCCGGACAGGUGUACAGGCACGACAUGCUCUACAAGUUCUCCUUCUAGGUGCGUCGUCGUUAGGUUUGAUGAAGUGUGCGUAAUUAAGCACGAGGAAGUCAUGUCAUGCGUCCGUUGGUUUUGAUCGGAAGAAAAAGACUAUGCAUGCUAUUAUUUUAAUUUGCUUCCGACGAGCAGCAGGGCAGGGCAGGCAGACAGACAGGCGUUCGAUCUUCGUCUUCAGUUCGUCGGCGGUGAGGUCCGCACCGUGCCGCUAGUAGUAGUAGCCUUUGCAUCAGCACCUUUUGGAGGCGUCGUCGGGGUGUGGGCCUUCUCCCUCGCCAGGUCGGCUUUGGCCUCUGAACCCUGCUGCAAGCAGACAGGGUACGUACACAACAAGAUUGUGGACGUACGUAUCAUCAGUGACGCAUGGCACACAACAACACCAAGCUGCAAUUGCCAUAUGUAAUUGGUGGUGUGUGUGAGUCGUCGUUCAGGUUUGAUGAUCAUGCAUGUACGGGUGUACCAGCUGUACCUCGGUGAAAAUCUUCAAGACCUCUUCUGGGGACUUGGUUUCCAAGAUCGUCAAAGCUUGCUUCUGCACC